CAAGAAAACAAGCAGAUCGAUAUUUUUGACAUUUACCAUUUCAUCAUGUCAACAGCAACUCCCGCAGGAGAAGCUCCAAAGACCGGAAAGCGCGAUGCUCUUCGUGCGCUGGAAUCUCCAGCACAAGCAAAGUGGGAUGCUAUUAAAGCUUUCGAAACCGAUGCUCCCACCAUUGAAGAACACCAAAACGUCGUAGAUCUUCAUCAAAAAUACCCUAAAUUCAUGGGCUGCAUGGCCUACCCCUACAUGAAUGGCCGUCUCCAUCUUGGACACGCAUUCACUCUUUCCAAGAUUGAAUUUGCUGCUGCUUAUGAGCGUAUGCUUGGUAAGCGAGUCCUUUUCCCCCAAGGUUUCCACUGCACUGGUAUGCCAAUUAAGGCUUGCGCAGAUAAGCUUGCUCGCGAAAUCGAAAUGUUUGGAAAGAACUUUGAGGGUUACGAAAAGGCAAUCGAAGAGGAGCAAAUUGCUGAAAAACUCAAGAACGCAAGCGUUACCCAAGAAAAAUCGACUGAUCCCAGCAAGGGAAAAAAGAGCAAGGCUGCUGCCAAGGCUGGAACUUCCACUUACCAGUUCCAGAUCAUGCAACAACUCGGUGUUAAAAAUGAAGAGAUUCACAAAUUCGCUGAUCCCCUCUACUGGUGCGAAUUCUUCCCUCCCCUUGCUAUCAAGGAUAUGACUGCUUUCGGUGCCAAGGUUGAUUGGAGACGUUCCUUCAUCACCACGGAUGCCAACCCUUAUUACGACUCAUUUGUUCGCUGGCAGAUGAAUGUCCUUAAGCAGUUGGACAAGAUUCGUUUCGGUGAGCGAUACACUAUCUAUUCUCCUGUCGAUAAACAACCCUGUAUGGAUCACGAUCGUCAAUCUGGUGAAGCUCUUGGUCCUCAAGAAUACACUGCUAUCAAGCUUCAAGUCACUGAAUGGGCCGAGUCCGCUCAACAAGUUCUUGCAUCAGUCUCUGAGCUUGCAGGAAAGAACGUCUAUCUCGUUGCUGCUACUCUCCGUCCUGAAACCAUGUAUGGACAAACCAACUGCUUUGUUGGUACCGAGAUUAAGUAUGGUCUUUACCAAGUCAACGACAAGGAUGUUUUCUUCAUCACUGAGCGUGCUGCUCGCAACAUGGCCUACCAAAAGAUCUUUAGCAACUUUGGUGAGAUCAAGAAACUUGCUGAAAUUAAGGGUGAUCUUGUCAUUGGAACCAAGGUCAAGGCUCCUCUCAGUACUUACCCAGAAGUCUAUGUUCUUCCCAUGGAGAACGUUCUGGCCACCAAGGGUACCGGUGUGGUCACCUCCGUGCCAUCCGAUUCUCCUGAUGAUUUUGCUACUCUUCAAGACCUUCAGAAGAAGGCUGCUUAUUACAAGAUUCAACCUGAAUGGGCUGCUUUCGAGCCUAUUCCUAUCAUCAACACCCCCUCUUAUGGUAACCUUACCGCUCCAUUCCUAUGCAAACUCAAGAAGAUCAACUCUCAAAAGGACCGUGUUCCUCUUGCUGAAGCUAAGGAGCUUGCUUACAAGGAAGGUUUCUAUCAAGGAACCAUCGUUAUUGGCGAAUACAAGGGCUUGUCUGUCCAAGAAGCUAAGCCCAAGAUCAGAGAUGUCCUCAUUCAAUCUGGAGAAGGUUUUGUCUACAACGAGCCUGAAGGCCUUGUCAUGUCCCGCUCCGGUGAUGAGUGCGUUGUUGCUCUUCUUGACCAAUGGUACCUCGAUUAUGGUGAAGAUCACUGGAAGGCUCAAGCUGAGAAGUGUCUGGCUGAAAUGAAUACUUUCACCAAUGAGACCAGACAUGCGUUCGAACAGACUCUUGGUUGGCUUAACAAGUGGGCGUGCGCUAGAAGCUUUGGUCUUGGUUCCAAGCUUCCAUGGGAUCCUCAAUUCCUUGUUGAAUCGCUUUCUGAUUCCACCAUCUAUAUGGCUUACUACACUGUUGCACACAUGCUUCAUGACGGAUCUCUGAAUGGAAGCACUCCUGGCCCAGCUGGCAUCAAGCCUGAGCAAAUGACAGAUGAAGCCUGGAGCUACGUCUUCAAACUUGGUGAAUAUUCAUCCAACAUUCCCAUUCCACAAGCUACGCUUGACAAGCUCAAGCGUGAAUACGAAUACUUCUAUCCCCUCGAUGUUCGAGUUUCAGGAAAAGAUCUUGUUCCCAACCAUCUUACCUUCUUCAUCUACAACCACGUUGCCAUGUUCCCAGAAGAAAUGUGGCCUCGUGGCGUCCGUGUCAACGGCCAUCUUAUGUUGAACAGAGAAAAGAUGUCAAAGUCCACUGGUAACUUCCUCACUCUUGAUGAUGCUAUUGAGAAGUAUGGUGCGGAUGCCACUCGUCUUGCUCUUGCUGAUGCUGGUGAUAGUGUUGAAGAUGCCAACUUUGAGGAUGCCACCGCCAAUGCUGCCAUUCUUCGUCUGUUCACUCUUCUCGAAUGGUUCGAGGAUCAAAUCAAGGCUAGCAGUGAGCUUCGAACUGGUGAACUCGGAUUCCAUGAUAAGGUUUUCGAAACCGAGAUGAACAACCUGAUUGUUCGUGCCAAGGAAGCCUAUGAUGGUACCUACUACAGAGAUGCUCUCAAGUAUGGUUUCUACGAACUCCAAUCGUCCAGAGAUUGGUAUCAACAAGUCUGUGCCAAUGGCAUGCACCGUGACCUCGUCAACCGAUUUAUGGAAGUUCAAACCCUUCUUCUUACACCCAUCUGUCCUUUCUGGGCUGAACAUGUUUGGUCCAACCUCCUCGCCAAGCCCGAUACCGUCAUGAAUGUUAGCUUCCCUGAACCCACUGCUGAAAUUGACCUCGCCGUCCUUGCUGCAGCAGAGUACAUUCGCAAGACCGUCAAGUCCAUCCGUGAUACUGAACUUGCACAACUCAAGAGAAAGAAGAAGCAAACUGAGAACGCAUACAACCCUGAUGCCCCCAAGAUUCUCAAGCUUUAUGUUGCAACUUCUUUCCCUGAAUGGCAAGAUGGAGGUAUUCAAGUGUUGAAGGACAACUUUGAUCAAGCCACUGGCAAGUUUGACGAUGUUAAGAUUCGCGAGCAACUGAAGUCUCAAGGUCUCAUGGCCAAUAAGAAGAUGAUGCCCUUCCUCAACGAGCAAAAGAAACUGGUCGAGAAGUUUGGUGCUGCAUCCUUCAACCGAACCCUCCUCUUUGAUGAAUACAAAACUCUCCAACACAGUCUGGAUUACUACAAGAAGGCACUGAACUUCCAAGAUAUCACAGUUGUGACAACUGAAAACUUCACAGAAGACGAUAAGAAGGCUGCUGAGCAAGCCAUGCCCGGUACCCCCGCCUACUACUUCGCCAAUAUCUAAACCUCUUCCAUUCGCUUCAAAAAUAGACUGAUUACAAAGAGAAUAUAUAUAGUUCGUUAAACAAGAAAAAAAAACCAAGUUGUACCUAGAGAGAAUAAAAUAAAAUAAAAAAAUAGGAACCCCCCUCUCUCGUUUAGUUUUGUAAGCCGG